AUGAAUCCUAAUCCUACACAUAUUAUUUCAAUUUUAGGAGAACAGCAUGAUAAACGAGUCAUUAGUUGUUAUAAUGAAACUUAUCUUGAUGAUGACUAUUGUGAUUACGAUCAUCAAAAAGAACAUGAAACUUACCUUGUCAAGCCAAAAGUUCCUGAGAAGGAACGGCCCACUGGAGAACAGUGGCGCUCACCUAGUGACGUUAUGCUUGAAGAUUGGAUAGCAUUGAAGCCACCCUUCACAUCGAGAAUCACAAGAGGAACGGCCCAUGAAGGUAUUCUGAAGAUUGGUGAAGGUGUCAUCGAAGUCGAACACAACAAGUUCCUUCAAUACGUUGCUAGUUCACUUGCAGAAAGCGAUUCGGCGUGGGCUCAUAUUCAAGAACAAGAGAAAACGCUUAUUAUAAAGAAAGUGAAAGAUAUAUAUGAUAAAAUAUUUUUAAUGAAGGCAAAAACUAUGCAGUGUGAAGUUUCAAAGUUUCUUGAAGAUAGUCUACAGGAGAUAGAAGAUCAUAUGAGAGAUGAAGUGAAAACCGUAAUAAUGAGUACACAUUGUAAAAUUCUUAAUGAUCUCAAUACAGAGAUACGUACAAAUUUAAAAAAAGAAAAAUGUAAUUUAGAGAAAAUAUUACAAAAAAAAUACGACGAAGAGAUAAAUAAAAUCAAACAUUAUUAUAAAUUACUUUUACAUAAUGAAAAAUAUAGAUGUAAUAGAAUGAUUAAUCAAGGUCUCAGUGAUCAAAAUGAUGCCAUAAAAGCUUUUCACAAAAUGAUGGAAGCCGGUAACAAUACUAGCACUAUGUAUGUUAUGUGCAUGGAAGGAAAAAAAUGCAGGAUUAGAAAAUUUUUUGUAGAAAACUUUUACUCAAAAGAAGUGAAAGAAAAACUAAGAAAGAUUGAAGAAAAGCAGCAAAUUUUGAACGAAUUUAAAGAGAGAAAAAAAACUAUAUUAGAUUUAAACAAAGAAUGGGAAGAAAAAGUAAAAAAAAUUCUUUGUCUGUUUUUAAAGUUUAUUAGUUUUAGUCUAAAACUUUUACCAGAACAAACCACGUUCUUAUUAGAUCUAGAAAAAUUGGUUGUUUUGCAAUUAAAUGAAAUUCAAAAGAAUCCUGAAAUGGCACCAUCUAUGCUUGUGAAUGAAGACGAUAUUAUAAAUUUAUUGAAGUUUCAUGAAAACAUCGAAGAACAGGAGACUUGUGAGGGUGGACCAUUUGUUAUUGAAGGAGACUUAACACCAUCGAUUCUAACGCCUUAUGGAAGCCAGGAAACUAUUCCUUCUAAAGUUGACUUGCCGUCAUUUAGAGUACAGCGACAGUUUAUUUACGCCAAGUGUCAAAAACUGGAAGAAGUAAGAAAGUUUCUUGAAUCCCAACGCUGCAAGUGCCAUGAUCCAGAUUUUUACAAUAUUAAAACAACAUUAAUAGCAACAUCAACAUCACAUAGUACAAGUGAUAGUCUCAAAACUCAUAGUUCUACACCGACACUGCAACCAAGUACAGAAUCAUCUUUCGAAUCAUACUUGAUACCUGACGUUCGGCGAUUGCAUGAAUGCCCUGUUAGGGGAUGCAAAGGUUUUAAAGAAAGGUUGUCAUUUCCAAACUUAGCAUCUUAUCUAGAUUUUGAUGAAGUGAAUUAUACGAGAGUGAAGACGAUUCUUGGUGACAUGCCCAAAAUGGAAACACCACCAGAGUCCAUUAGAGCAACCGAUAUGGCAAGACAUAAGGAUUUGCCAUUUAAAGCAACUAAAACUUUUACUGUUAACGUGGAAACACAAUAUUCAAGCCAAGAUAGUAUACAACUGGAAACGCUUGACUUGGAAUGUCCUUGCCUGAGCCAAUAUGCAGACAGUUCAAAGUUAAAAUUUGGAGUCGUUGAUAACAAAACUGCGGUUGAUACACUAACUGAAACUCUGUUUAAAAGGAAGGCAUCUUUGCAAAGAUUGGUUCAUGAUUAUCCUCGACUUCUGGAGAUGUUUUUUACUGAUGAAUCAUUUAAGGCUCAUGCAUGAGCUACCUUAUAUUUUAUUUUUGUAUAGAUUAUGUAGUACUUUUAAAUAAAUACCUAUUUUUAUUAUCUUCAUAUAGUACCGACGGCAGCAUAAUUAUCAAGCUAAAUAUUGACGGAUCUUAUGCCAUCUUAUGCUCUAGAGGUGAUAUUCAAACA